GAUGGAUUAAAAACACCCUGACACCCCGGAGGACUCUCCCCCCACUCCUCCCCCCUCCCCAGCUCCGCCAGUCUUCCUCCACCAUGGACGUGGAGAGCUGGAGGGCGCAGGUAUUUGGAUCUACCUCUGACCCAGGUGCAGACUCGCUGUCAUCGGGCCGGUGCUGUCCGCCAUGUGGAGGCUACACCCGCAGGACGACAAAAUCCAGAUAAAUUAGAUUACUGGAUUGACUACAACAGAUUAUAGCUCUCCUACUUCCUCGAUGCUUCAUAAGAAAACCGCAUCAAUUCUGAUCAUACGCGGAGUGUUAGGACAUACAGGUGUUUUUAUGUGACUGUGCUCCCUCCAGCCUGGCAGCCAUGCUGACCAGCUUCAUGGAGGGCCUGCGCUGCUGCCUCACCUCCAAGUCGGUCAACGUCGUGGCUCCCGUGGAAACCUCGGAACCUGCCGACGGCUACGAGUUUGUGGAGGUGAAACCGGGCCGCGUCCUCCGGGUUCGACACAUCAUCCCCGACCGGCCGGUGGCGGAGGAGCCCAGCGGCCACGGCGGCAGCGUGAGCUGCAAGCGAAAGAUCACAGUUUACCGCAACGGACAGCUGUACAUUGAGAACUUGGGCGACAGGGCGAGUGCAGAGCUGAAAACCUGCCAGAAUGGAGAGAUGGAACCAAACAGCACUGUUGAGGUGGAACUCACAGACUGUAACUCCUCAUCACCCGUCACCAUCCCCGAGGCCAGGUCGGACUCCGUCACGGCCGGAAACAACGGGGCGUCCGAAACAGGAGCGGCGGGAGAUGCACCAGCUGCUGGACACACGGAUCAGUCACAGCAGCCCAGGAAGCGCAAGAGGAAGCCGAAGCGCAUCGUGGUGAUCGACUGCGAGAGGAAGAUUUCGGCCUGUAAGGAGACACAUUCGGACCUGGCUCUGUUCUUCAUCCACGGGGUGGGAGGCUCGCUGGAUAUCUGGGGGAGCCAGCUGGACUUCUUCUCCCGGCUGGGCUACGAGGUGAUCGCCCCGGACCUGGCAGGUCACGGAGCGAGCUCGGCACCGCAGAUAUCCGCGGCGUACACUUUCUACGCCCUGGCCGAGGACAUGAGGCUCAUCUUUAAGAGAUACGCUCGGAAGAGGAAUAUUCUCAUAGGACAUUCUUAUGGUGUGUCGUUCUGCACGUUCCUGGCCCACGAGUAUCCGGAACAGAUUCACAAGAUGGUGAUGAUCAACGGAGGAGGUCCCACGGCUCUGGAGCCCAGUCUCUGCUCCAUCUUCAACCUGCCCACCUGCGUGCUCCACUGCCUCUCCCCCCUGCUUGCCUGGAGCUUUCUCAAGGCCGGCUUUGCUCGGCAGGGUGCCAAAGAGAAGCAGUUGCUGAAAGAGAACAAUGCCUUCAACGUGUCGUCGUUCGUGCUGCGCGCCAUGAUGAGUGGGCAGUACUGGCCUGAGGGGGACGAGGUUUACCACGCUGAGCUCACUGUGCCCAUCCUGCUGGUCCACGGCAUGCACGACAAGUUUGUCCCUGUGGAAGAGGACCAGCGCAUGGCCGAGAUCCUCCUCAUGGCGUUCCUGAAGGUCUUGGAGGACGGGAGUCACAUGGUCAUGAUGGAGUGUCCCGAGUCCGUCAACACGCUCCUGCACGAGUUCUUCCUCUGGGAACCGGCCACCCCCGCGCCACCAAAGAAAGAUCCCAAAGCGCGUCCGGAGACCGCCAAGGCUCCGGCCGACAACACCAAGGCAGCAUGUGAGGCCACCAAGGUCCGGCCGGCAACUGCAAAGCAAGCCUCGUCAAACGGCACCACGGAGGAGACAAAAGACAAAAAAUAACUGAAGAUCAAAGCAAGUAAAUCAAGGUUUUCCAUGAGCGGUAUGCAUCCCGAGGGUUUGUGCUAACAUUGAUGAGCCAGAACAGACAGUUUAUCUGAACUAGUGAAGGUGAAGGACGUCAAUUAACUUCAAGACCGAAGGAAGAUAAAGACGGUCCACUCCCAGGCCUCGGUCCUGGACACAGAGUACAGUACGUACAGCAGGGAAGAAACGUUUGUGCCUUGAGGUGGUUUGCUGUGAGGAUGUUUAACGGCCGAGCAAGGACAAGGAAAUGGAAACAGUCACACAUGCAGCCACGAGGGGCAAAGGUGAAGAUGAACGGAUGCCAAGUGGCAGAAGAGAUCAACGUCGACUUCUCUUGUUGAAUUUUGCACAAAACAGCUGAUUGGUUUGAGACACGCUAUGAAUGAAUUAUUGUGUUAGCACCCACGAGGUGUAGUAUCAUAUCGUUUGUGGUGUUUUUUGUGGCUGCCAUACACAAAAUAACCAACCAGAACAUGUAUAUAAGUUAAGAAUUAGUAUCAUUGUUCUGUUCUUUGACGACUCUUAGACAUGAACCUGGAUUAUAUUUUGUUGUUGUUUUUGCACAGUGAAUUCACUUUUCACAAAAUGAGAAGCUGUGUCUCCAGCUCAGAGCGUUUAUGGAAUUUUAAAAUGAAAGUCCAAUGGUGCGAUUGUGUCAGGAAGAAUGAAGAAGUGCCGACCGGGAGGGAAGUGAAAGUAAAUAUACUUGGAAAUGUUAUUCAGUCUAAGUGUACGCCGGUAAAUUUAGCAAUAGCUGGGGAUCGGGAAUGAAUCAUAACCUCGUGAGAACAACACAAAUUACAUGUGCGUGGUGAGAAAAACCAGGAGAAGAAAGCCUGUAGUGUGACGCAUCUGGAAACCCACAAGCUGGCACUACAGAGAGCACAAAGAGUUUGAAUUAUUUUUCAAAUGUUGACACAUGUAGGAUUUUUUUAAAAUGAAUUUCCUCACAUUAAUAAACGUGAGUCCUUAUUUUGCAAGCACUUGCUUUAAUGGUUACUAUGCUUAAUAUAAAACAGGCCGUGUAUCUCAAUGCUGAUGAGUAUAAAAACUUUGUAAUCCGAGUAUUAUCUUGACUGAGUCUGUUUGAGGCCCAGAGUUCGUCUUAGUUUCCUUGUGCAGCUCGACGCCUCGAUAUAUCAAAUCAUUCUGUAUCUAUCAGACGGUUUAUUGUGAACAUCAGUGUUGUAAGUCAGCAGACAGCUUUACCAGCUAAUAAAUCCUCCACGGCUCCUCUUGGAUUACUAAAACUCUUUGUGUAAAUCUCCACAUUCCUGUCAGUGCUUUAAUAGCUCAGGUAUUUGUAACGUUCACGAACCUUCUUGCAGCUGCUAUGUCCGACCACUAGAGGGUGCGAAUGAGCACAGAAUUUAUCGUUUCCUCUCAAUUCAAUAGUUUCUGAUGUUAUAUUUUAUUUAUUUUUUCAAUAUGUAGAAUAUACUUUUAUACGUUUUAUUUGUCAUGGACGUGUAGAGGUGUAAAAGAUGCUGUUUUUGCAGGAAGCUUUCUGAAUCAAAAGAAAAUGGAGCUUUCAGCAGAUAGAUUGUCCUGAACUGAAGAGAACUGUCUAUUUUAUAUAUUGUGUCUUACAUUUUGCAUCUGUUUGCCUUUGACAAUGACAAGCCGCCGAUUUAAACGUGCUCAGUGUAUCAGAGUAAACAGUAAAAUGUUGGAAAAGUCUCGA